UCUGUGUGUGUGUGUGUGGAUGUUGCAGCAGAGACCCGGAGCGCUUGUGGAGCUCCAUCGGUACAUCUUCACGGCAUGGCCUAACGGGAUAUGCAUGGACGGACAUCUUUGAAAUGUUGGCUCCCUUAUCUCUGUAUAGAGGAUGAAGCGGGAACACCGUUAAAAUGACGACUGACACCGGGAUGAGAAUUUGAGCCGCGUGUGUGUGUGUGUGUGUUUAUAGAGAAGCUAGCGGCUAGGCUAACCAGCUAGCUCACAAACACCGGGAUUCGUGCGACCAUGGCCGGGCUCAUUAAGAAGCAGAUCCUGAAGCAUCUCUCCAGGUUUGCGAAGAACUUGUCGCCGGACAAAAUCAACCUGAGCACGCUGAAGGGGGAGGGCCAGCUGACCAACCUGGAGCUGGACGAGGAGGUCCUCCAGAGUCUGCUGGACCUGCCCACCUGGCUGGCCAUCAACCGAGUGGAAUGCAACAAAGCCGCCAUCAGGAUACCAUGGACAAAGUUGAAGACUCACCCCAUCACUUUGACCCUGGAUAAAGUGGUGAUGGAGAUGAGUACCUGUGAUGAGCCCCGUCCCCCCAAUGGCCCGUCUCCCAUAGCAACAGCAUCAGGACAGAGUGAAUAUGGCUUUGCUGAGAAGGUGGUGGAGGGGAUGUCACUGUCCAUCAACUCCAUCGUCAUCAGGAUCAGUGCCAAGGCCUUCAACGCCUCCUUUGAGCUCUCCCAGCUGCAGGUCUACAGCGUCAACACCAGCUGGAGCAUCAGUGACCUCCGAUUCACCCGCAUCCAGGACCCUCAGAGGGGAGAGAUCCUGACGUUCAAAGAGAUCAGCUGGCAGAUGAUCCGCAUCGAGGCCGACGCCAUCCAGAGCGCCGAGCACGAGAUGCUGAGCGCCCCCAUCCGCCUCAUCACCAACCAGUCCAAGAUCCGAGUCACUCUCAAGAGACGGAUUAAGGACUGUAACGUGGUGGCCUCCAAGCUGAUUCUGAUCCUGGACGACCUGCUCUGGGUGCUGACCGACUCCCAGCUCAAAGCCAUGGUGCAGUACGCCAAGUCUCUCAGCGAGGCCAUGGAGAAGUCGGCGCAGCAGAGGAAGAGCAUGGCCACGGAGGACCAGGCGUCAUCGGCGGCCCCCUCAGCCCAGCAGGUGCGUACACAGCAGGCGUCCACGGCGGCGGAGCAGAGCGCCACCAUGGCCAAGCUGUUCAGCGCCUACGACGUAUGCGAGACCUCCCACCACCUGCAGAUCACUCACCUCGACCUGCACAUCUGCGACGACAUCCACGCUAAGGACAAAGUGAUCAAUAAGAGGAUAACGGGCGGAGCCAUGCAGCUCUCCUUCAGCUCCAUCACUCUGGACUACUACCCUUUCCACAGAGCAGGUGAGAGCUGUGACCACUGGAUGCACUACAGCGAGGCCACCAAGACCAGAGAGGGCUGGGUGCGCAAUCUGCUCGACGAGUUCAACUCCAACGUGGAGAUGUUACAGAGCGCAGUCCGAGACCACCAAGGCCCGGCCCCUGUGCACACCUCCCCGCAGCACGUGUCCCUUAGGGACGAUGUGUAUGGGCCUCUAGGAAGUCAGGAGAGAGCAGGAGGAGGAGGAGGAGGAGUAGGGCUUAGGGAGGCGGAGGGAGGACUCCUAGAGCGGAGCCCAAACACACAUCCUCCGGCCCAGUGCUGCUGGUGCCUUGAGCCAGGUAAGAUAAACACCUCCUCCAGCGCCACCUUCAGUCCUCCUCUCCCUCAAAGCUCCAAGACCCAGCUCAUGUCCAGCUCUGUUGUUCUCAGGAUAGCCGACUUCAGCAUCUAUCAGGUGUCAACAGCGGACCAGCGCCGCUCCAGCCCCAAAACCAUGAUCUCCUGCAAUAAGAAGUCCUUGUACCUUCCUCCAGAGAUGCCGGCCAUUCAUGUCGAGUUCACAGAGUACUACUUCCCUGAUGGAAGAGACUACCCAAUCCCGUGUCCCAACCUGUACGUCCAGCUGAACGCCCUGCAGCUGGUCCUGGAUCCACGCAGCCUGGUGUGGAUCAACCUCUUCGCCCUCGACCUCAGGCAAAGCUUGGAGCAGUUCAUGGAGAUCUACAAGCUCAGCGACUCGCAGAAACCCGAAGAACACGUCGACAUCAAGGUCGACGGCCUCAUGCUCAAGCUGGUGAUUCCCAUCGACCGGGACGCCUCCUGUCCCCCUGAUCUGCCGCGCUCCAUCUCAGUGCAGACCUCAGAAAUGGUGGCCACGAACACCCGGCACCCGGCUAACUGCACCCGCUCCCACCUCGAGGCCCUGCUGCAGGCCUUCGAGGAGGAGCCCUUCUUCUCUCCCUCUUUCUCCUCGUUCCCUCGCUCCUCCUCCUCCUCCUCCUCGGUACCCCUCCUCCAUCCCGUCUUUCAGCGCCACGCUCACGAACAAGACACCAGGCUCCACGACAUCUACCGGGGCCUGGUGGUGCCGACGUUGGGCGCAGACACCCUCAAGAUGCCGGCCGCCACCGACUUUUGGGCGUUGCACUUUGCCCAGUUCUGGGUGGACUACGAAGGCACCCGCGGGGGCAAGGGGCGGCCGCAGCCCUUCGUGGACUCCUUCCCUCUGACCGUGUGGGCGACUCAGCCUGCCAAGAUUGCGCAGCACCAGGAGAAGCUCAGAUGUGGUGCCGGAUCCAGUUUGUCCAGGAGCACAUCUGGAGAGGCCGUCGCACGCCUGCAGAGGAAACGGUUAUUAAAGGACUAUUACAGCACCGAGGCACACAAUGCAACGCCGCCUCCCAGUAACGGACUCCAUAAACCCCUCUCAUUGGACAGUCUGCCCUCCUCCUCCUCUUCUUCGUCAGCAAGUAAAGAUGCAAAUGUGCAUGUGUUGGUGCACGUGCAGAAGCAUUUAAGUGCUCAGGUGAGCCACCGGCAGUAUGUGUUUCUGAUGCAGCUCCAGCGCAGCAUCAAAGCCCUGCAGCAGACACUACAGCAGGAUCUGGAGCAGAUGUGCUCCAAGAAAGACCGCAAGGAUCCCUCUCAGUGUCCCGCAGACCACCAGCCCUUCACCGUCUGCCUGGGCCUCCUGCUGAAAAGCGCAGAGGUGUCCCUGCUCCUGAAGCCCAUCCCCCGCUCUGAGGGCAUCGGAUCCCCUCUGGGGUCCGAGCUCUCCCCAUCAGAGAGCCGAGGAACUCUGGAGCCGGGGAGCAAUGCGGGAGAGGGGGCGGAGAAGGGGAGCGAAGGAGCCGGAUCUGGGUCUGAGGGCGGAGCAGCCAAAGGGGCGUGCACUGUAGACCAGCUGCUAUGUGGCGAGGGAUCAGAGGGUGGAGCCACGCAUGGUCCCGCCCCUCUUGUCCCCAACUACACUUCAACCACACGUCCUGACUCUAAUCACAAAGCGUCAGUGGAUGAGAGGACUUUGGCUAAGAACUCUGGGAGGCGGAGUUCAGAUGAAGGGAACGAGAUGGUCGUGGAUGGAGGUGAAGACGUGGGAGCCGGACUGGACUCUAAAACCCAGACCAGUGACCCGCUGUCUGACUGGAGCGACAAAGACAAGACCGCAGCUGCUAAGAUGUCUCAGUCAGUAUCCAGUGGUCGAUUGAUGCGGGACCGCUCCCAGUCCAGCUUCGCUGUGUCCUACAAGAACAUGAAGAAGAGCCCGUCCCUGCAGUCGCUGGACAACAUCUCCAUCGACAGCUACCUGAUGGAGGACGGAGACAACUACAGUCUGCUGGAGAGAGAUGACAUGUCCAUCUCAGGCUUCAAGGAUGCCGUCAGCGAACAGAGUGCCACCGAGAGCGCCACCGAGGCUGUGAUUGGUCAGGAGCAGGAGGGAGGCGUGUCCCCCGACACCGUCAGCGCUGCCUCCCAGAGCAUCGACGACCCAACCAAAGACACAGUGUCGGUGCUGGUGUUGAAGGUGCAGUCGGUGUGUGUGGCCAUGGAGGCGUUUGGCGGGAGCACGGCCGUGGCUCUGGAGGUGGGCCGGGUCACACCCAGCCAGCUGGGCAACGUCAGCCUCAGACAGUAUCUCAGCAACCGCAGCCUGGGUAUGGUGUGUUCACUACCAAUACCUGCUCAAAGCAGCCAAGCCGGCGGCGAGCUCAGCUCUGCCUCCGUCGGGGGCCUCCACAGUCCAGAGGUGCGCGCUCGCCUGGAGAGCGGGCCCUGCGCCGCCGCUCACUCCCCGCUGGCCGAGCGCAACGGCUUCCUGCAGCUGCGUCUCCACGGCUACCAGGCCAACUUCUUGAUGUCCACGCUGCGUAACCUGGCCAACUUCCUGGAGGACGACUCUACGCCGCAGGUUCUGCCCAUGGAGAUCAGCGUCAGGGACACGCACGUCAACCUGAAGGACGACGGCCCCCGCGACAAUUCCUCCGACUCCGAGUCCUCGCCCAUCACGCUGCACGUGGACAGUCUGGUCAUACACAGAGGAGACGACGGCUCCUUCUCUAUAGGAGUGGACACAGCAGCAGAGACCAAACCCAGGGAGGAGGGUGCGGCGUCCGACGGCGCUCUGACUCCGGUCCCUGAAGUUGUCGGCGGCAUCUGCGCCGUACAAAAGGCUACACAAACCCAAGCCCCGCCCACCAGCCCUCCUCCAUCCACCAGGGAAAAGAUGCUGGUGGAGGAAAACGAAUGUUUAAAAGUGGAGCUGUCCCGGACCAAGAUGGCGCUGGCCGAGGCUCAGAUGGAGAAGGACUCGCUGCUGCACCGCAUGAAGACCCUCAGAGUCAACAGCAGCUAGUCAGUCAGCCAUUCAGCCCCCGCUGGUCUGCAGUCAUGAAGUCUGACUCGGCUGGGCAGCAAACAAAAAUUGUAAACAAGCAGAAGCGGCUCCUUUACACUUUACGCUUAUUUGUGGAGUGAGCCGCCAUGUGACUUCAGACUUCAAAAUAUUUCCCCCAUUAAGCAAUGCAGAGUCUGUGUUUAGACUCAAAAAUACUCGUUUUUACACGCUUGUCGUCUGUUUUAUGCUCCCCACUUUGGACUUAAGAGGCUUGAAGAGGGUUGAAAAGGGACAUUUAACGGGACGAGAUGUGUGUGUUUGUGUUUGCGCGUGUGUGUGUGUGUGUGUGUGUGUGUGUGUGUGUGUGUGUGAGAGGGAAAGAAAGAAAGAGGAUGAGCAUCUACAUCCAUGGCCGUGCCUACAGAAAAAACCCCUCCCCACACUAUUCCCGUUGUGCAAGUUAAAACAGAAAAGAAUCACAGCUAACCUUAGACGAGCUUCAUUCAAACUCUGAACGUAUGAAGGAAAACUGAAUGUCGCAUCUUCAGAGGAAUGUCAAAAAAAAAAAAAAAAAAAAAAAAAAGACUUAUUUUGCACCGCACAGAAAUGAAACUUGUAAAUUAGUGCUUUCAUAUUCCGAGGGGACGAGACAAAUCAUGCUCUCACUCGUCCUCCGAGUGUGUACAGUGUAUAUUGUAGAAGAAUGUGAACACAUGACUAUUUUCUUCUGACCUUCGGAUGGUUAUGCAGUGUUUCAGUUGUGUGUGUGUGUGUGUGUGUGUGUGUGUGUGUGUGUGUGUGUGUGUGUGUGUGUGUGUGUGUGUGUGUGUGUGUGUGUGUGUGUGUGUGUGUGUGUGUGUGUGUGUGUGUGUGUGUGUGUGUGUGUGUGUGUGUGUCUCAACCAGAACAAGCAUUUCAUUACGUAGAGGAUAAAUUUAUAUCUGUCAGUUCCACAGCUUUGUCAGCAAAAUGCCCAUAAAAUAAUCUGUCUGUAUCCCCCCCCCCCCCCCCCCC